AUGGCUGUCACUUGUUCAGAUAUCUUCAAGAUUAUAGCUGCAAUCAUCUUGCCACCUCUCGGUGUUCUGCUCGAAGUGGGAUGCGGUCUUUCUCUUGUGAUCAACAUCUUGCUUACGAUCUUAGGAUUUAUUCCUGGUAUUAUUCACGCGCUGUACAUUGUGAGUAUCAAUUGA